CAGCUCAUUUCAGAAAAAAUGCAACAGCAUUUGUACUGUCCACCGCAUUUGUAAUCUGGAGUGGAGUGAAGGCGGUGCUCACAAGACUAGGAGAAGACUUUUUCGGUAAGAACAACUACCAGGCUACCUGCAUUGACCACUCCAGAAAAUACCAUAAGAUACGAUAAUGUUAAUGCUCUUUGUUUGUCACAUCAAAAUUAUGCAUAAGUAUUGCUUUCAGUUUCUGUUGGGGCCGUUUUAAUUCACACGAGAAACUGAAAACGCUGGUUAAUGUAAGAUUUCGCGAUGACAAACAGAGAGCAGUUUCUGGUAUCUUAUGGUAUUUUCUGGAGUGGUCAAUUGGACGAUUACAAUCUUCAAAUUAAAACUGGAGUGUUGGUUUUUGCGAACAUGCAGGAUUUAAUGUUAACAAAACUACUGACAUCAUUAAAGAGGAAUUGAAAGAGGAGGGGUGCAGCUUGUUUUACUUUUCAUGCCCGAUUCUAGUUUAACAAUUUUUUGUUUUUUGAGAGAAUCUUUUUUUGGAAUCUUAGAGCUCAAAAGAGUGCUUUAAAAAAUUAACUGUUGCUGUGCUUAAAGGUUUUGAUAUGCUUUUGAUAUUAAGAAUGAGAGCAACUGCAACCCCUGUAUAUCUGACUGUCUAAGGAUUUACAAACUUAGAUGAUUGAGAUUGUGGCUACAUGCACCUCCGGAUCCAGUAGGUGUAAUGCAUCAAAGGUUUCCCAUUCACCAUUUAGCUGCCCCCAAAUGUUUGGCAAGGAAGCAUAUCAUGUUGGCACCCAAUAAGAACAUGUUUUCCUGUGAAGUGUCCAUACUUAGAUACUGCUAUAUUUUUAUUGUUUGCACAGAUCAAAGUAGCAUUGGAGUGGUAUGUUCCAACGAAAGAAAUGUUGGAAAAAGCCUUACAUUGCAAAUUCUUGCAAAAGGACAAGGAAUAGACAGGCGUGCGCAUCCCUUGCUGUGUUCUGGGGGGGAUCAGAAUGUCAGCGGCACAUCUUUGUAAGUUUCUUAAGAUAAUGCACUACAAUACUAUUAGAGAUAUGGGUUAUUUGGAAAAUAGGAUACAAAGUUAACUUUGUUUUAUAAUGGAGUUUACGUGAAAAGGUUAAUAAAAGUCACUGAAGUCCUACUGAUAUUCAAUACACAAGGAAAGUAUGCAAGAUGAUCUACAAUAUUAUUUAUCAUUUGUCGUAAUCACUACAUAACUUAUGCUAUUGCAACCAUCCUGAAGCCUAUAGGCUUGAACUUGUUAUCAUGGUGACCUUUCACCAUAGAGGCAUAGGGAUGGAAUAAAAUGUAAUUUUACUCGACGUAAAUGUUCACAAGAAAAAUACCGAAAUAUAUGCAUAAAAAUGUUAAUGCUUGCAUCUUUUUGUCUUCAGAAAGGUGAUAAUGCAUGCCAUGCAGAGCACCACUCUGACAUGUUGCCUCGGCGACCCUGUGCUAACAAACUCACUGGCAGAAUUUCUUCUCCAAGUUCAAAGUGGGUUGCCCCAGGGCUCGAUGAAAAGUGGCCUGAGCAGCCCUAAGGGCAGCGUAAUAAUGUCGACAAACUCUGCUGAAUGUGCAAGGUGAUUUUAGUAUUAUUAUGUAAAUUGUGUUUUUGUUCAUGCAAUAAGUUAUGUUAUGCUAUGCCAGUUCAUGCCAUGUUGUGCCUCAACCAAGCAAAAAUACUUUGUACACUGUAACCGUUAAGGAUUAAAGUAGGGUUCAAUUCAUGUCCCUCCCCCGUUAUCAAAGUUGUGUGAGGAUUCCAAGAUUGCAUUCAACAAAAUUUUGCUCUGACACUUUCGUCCAGCUAUCGGCCAGCUAUCCUAUGAUUGUGGGAGAGAUAAAGUCGUUUCAGGCCUCCACAACUGUAAAUGUUUCUCUAACAUGAAAAAUUGUUCAAUAUAAAGACAAUCUUGUGCCAACAUAGUAAUAAUUACUAUGUUAUUGAAGGAAGAUUUUCACUGACCAUAUUGCAUUACUGCAUGGGACACAAUUUUUGUAAUCAAAAGCUGAUAACAUUCACACUCAUCCAUGCCCUGAAUGAGAUUUUUUGCAUCAUUUUCCUCAUUAGUUAUGAACUUGUCUCGUAUUACUAUUGUUAGAAUAUAUGGCAGAAUCAUAAGAUUGGACUAUGUAAAGGAUUCACAGUUUAACAAACAGGACGAGUCCACCUUGCAGCAAGGUCUGAAGGACCUGGUCACAAGCAACAAAGUAAUACUUGAUUUUAUUUGCAUAUCACUUGGGGUCGUGGUUUUGUUUGCUACUGAAAGCCCCUCCUAUCUCUUAGAUGGCUGGCCACUUCAUUAAGAUAGCUAUGAUAGAUUUUUAAUUAUCAGAAGUGCACAGUGGAUUACAAAAUGAUGUAAUUCAGUGCAGAGGCCAUGCGUUAUGGUCAACAUUUGCAAGCUGUAUGUGAGUGUGUAGUUUUGUAGUUACGAGCACAUGUUGACAAUAUUUCUGUAACCUGAACGUUUGUAUUCAAUGACAUAGGGAUUUUUGGUGGCUUGGACAAUGCUGUUCCUCCCAAGGUGGCUGAACUGCAAUGGGAGAAAAGAUGCCCUAGUGGACAUUCUGCGAGAUACACUUAUUAAACUUGUCCCUGAUCAGCAGCCAAGAUGGCAUAAAGGGACAGCAAACCUAGUGUAUACUUACAUUGUUGUAAGUAUAAUUUUGCAUAGUGUUUGUUUGCUUGUUUGGCAGUAGUGCACUGUGUCUUACAUGUACGUAUGGUUUAUGUUGAUUGUUGAUAAGGAAGAGGGGACAGGCCACUAUGUAGGGUUUAAUAAUAUUGUUUAUUCUAAGUCUUGGUCAAUCAAGUUUUAGAUGUUGCACUUUGUUUCUUCAAAUAGCUGAUUAGUUGACAUAUCAAAAGGUUUCUAGCAUUUAAGGCUAAUUAGGUUCUAAGAAAAGUAGGCCGGGUGUCCUAAAGGUUAAAUGUCCAGAUAGUCUACAUGCGUAUACAGAAUCAACUAUGAGCUUGUCCGGCAUCUUCACUUUACUUUUUCACUUAACAAAAUUGUGCAACACAGCAUUAACAAGACCAAUCCUACGUAACUAAAAUAAAUUUAUUAUAGUCUACUGAUUACCGCAACUUAAAAUUCAGUUGAGAUUACAGUAAAAACCCACAACUAAGAACCUACAUUUUUAGGAGUUAGCCUAAACAGGUUCUUAUAUAGAUAGUAGUUAACAGAAUUUUAGGCUAUUUAGGUUCUUAAAAUGGGUUCUUAAUCCUGGAGAAAAAAGUAGUUAGUAUGCUUUGUAAGUCUACAUAUCUUGCACUCAUUUUUCUUUAAAAAAACAUUUUUACAACAAUGGCAAUCUGCUUUUUUUUGCUUAGUAUGAUUUUUUUCGACAAUAAGAACCUGUUUUAAAUUUCUUAGGCUAAAUAGGUUCUUGUUUAUAGGGGUAUAAAUGACCAAUUUUAGGCUAACAGGUUCUUAAUUUUAGGUUCUUAGUUGCAGGUUUUUACUCUACUUCAUAUAAGAUUAACCUGCAUUUCUUUGCUUGGGAUGUAUAUUCUUACAUUUAAUAUUUGCUCGGCUUAUAUGCCUUUCUCUUCACUUGUUCUCACAGCUCCAUCAAAUAGCUGGUGAAAAUCCAGACACGAUGCAAGCCCUAAGAGUUUUGGCCUCUUCUGGAAGGACAAUGCAACAACAGCAUUGUCCCUUCUGGAAGGCGUCUUGAGGCAGAAAUAACAGCCAAACUAGAAACAUCACAGUUUGUAGGUGGUCUUAGGCAGUCGCCAACUUUUACCUUCUUCGUAUUUAAAUUGUAGAAAGUAACAUAUUGUAUAGCAACAUUUUGCAUAUAUAAGAUUGUCUUAUGUAGAAAAGACAUUUUACUAAACAAAGUUUUGUUUACUGGUCUUACAGGUCUUGUCAUGGCUAAACCCGAUGCGUGAGUGUAGCAGCUGGAGGAGAAUUUGUUCCUGCCAUUGCCAUACCCAUACGAGAAUUUGCUACUUUCACCAGUUUAAAAAGCAUAGUAAGUAUUCUGUUCAGAUGUAACAGUCACUGAUUAAAAACAUACCCCAAAGUUUGCAUGCUGUUAAGGCUUGAGGGAACCUAUGUUGGCUGGAAACCAAUUAAAAUAUUGUUUGAGAAAUAUUACAAACUUCAACAAUACAUUCCUGCAGAUUCUUAGAGUUCUUUUUUCAUCAUAGGUGUUCUCCGGUUUUCAAAGAUUUUGAAUUGCAUGUAAUUCUCUUGUUUUUGCAGGAGGUAGCCCAGGAGAUUGAGAAAGUGUGCGAUCCACUCAAGGCAAAAUCAGCAAUUCUCUUUGCAACAGACCAGAGUGCCUCAAUUCAGGAUGUAAGAAGGAAAACUGACAAAUCAAAAACAGUAAAGGGCUACAAGAUUCCAAAAUGUUGUCUUAACAAGAAAUUGGUUGAACACAUCGAUGCCGGUAAGAGCAAUUGAGUUUUUGUUUUUGGAAAUUACAUGCUUCAAUAAGUGCUGUCUAGUCAAUAUGAUGCGGUACGAUGUUUAAGGGUUCUGCAAUUACUUUUAGUGUGUGUUUAUUCACACUUGCUGAAAAUCAUUCCCAAGUCAUACGCAGAAGCUACCAAGUACUUUAAUUGCUCUAAAUGAAUUUUGUAUUUUUUGCUCUUAAAAAUGUAUUUACCUAGCAUGUGGAGUGAGAAAGGAAGAAGCUGAAAAAGAAGAGGCAGAAGAGGAAACAGAUACGGCAGUAGCUACUGAAGACUCAGAAAUACUGACAGAAGAACUUCAAAGGAAAAUUUCGGAAACGGCUCAAAAAUUAUUUGAGUUUGAUCAAGGUAAGACUGUUUGACACUCAUGCAUUAUUGUAAAUAGCAGAUGUAUGUCAAAUCUGAUAAUUGUUAACUGUCAUGGUAACUGAAUUUUGGAAAUGUUGGAUUGUGAUUGUGAGCAAGAAAAAUUUAAGGCAUGAUGUCUUAAUAUUUGGAAUAAAAUUAUUUAAUGUUUUUGGAACUUCAGUUUAACUUAGGACAAUGUAAUCAAUUUCUUUUUGUUAAAGGCUCAAAUGAGCCACACUUUGUCAGGUUGUUGCAAAAUAAAAGAUCACCUAUUCUUGGCUUUUUAAUUUUGAGUAGACAGUGAGUCAGAUGAAGACGAUUCCUCAGCAGCAACUGCUAGCUCGCCCCUUUAUGUUGGAGAGAGGCUGGUGCAGGUUAGUGCAUUGUUUAUAUAUUGAUUGAACUGUUGAUGAUUUUAGUAUUAUGGAAGCAUUUUUAAUUUAUUGUUGUCAAAUAGCUUUUAAAAAACAAUACUAACGGAAUACUUGUAAAUGUACAUGCAACUGGCAAAAGACUGACUUUUCAUGGCCAGUUAAUUCAUGUGUUUUGUAGUGGUCAAACAGAUGGUCAGAGUAUUGAGAACCGUUUUCCAAAUUGCUGCAACCAUAUUGUAAGUUCUGUUGCACUGAGAACAGCUCACAACAAUCAUUAAUUCAGGCAGAUCACCGUAACAAGCUUUCUCCUGAGCAUGUACUUUAAUUCUUUUCCCAGGAAAUGUCACCUGUGUCAAGUUUGCGCUAUUCUGUUUUAACACCACAAAAGAGAAAGCUGUUUCGUGAGGUAGGCACCUGUGUUAUAUAUGAUUUUGAGUCAUGUCCCAUAACCAGUCAUUUAAUUAUUGAAUGAUUUCUGUUUUUUUAGACACCUAAGUUUUUUUUUCCUUACUGAGGUAUUUCCUUCUGUAGCAAAUAAUGUUCUGUUCAUUGUUGAAUAAUGGUUUCAUUUUGCUAAAUUUACUUUCUUACCACUUGUUGCUUUGCUUAAGGGAGUGAUGGCUGGUCUUAGGAUGGAAAAAAGAAGAACCCUGCAUGUGCGAGGUAAAAAUGAUUUUAACAGUCAUUAAAGGUUAUUAAUAUCACCCUUUUGAUUACAUCUAAGUGUUUGUUUAAAUGCAGUGGUAUACACUUGUCAUCCUCUGAUCUUCUCAAAUGUGAAAGAAAAGUUAACCCGUCACAACUUGUCAAUUAAUUGUGUUGAGGGGGGGGGUUAAAACUUUUUCAUGAGUUGUUUCAUAAGUGUUAGGAAAUAAGAAAAUGAUCAUUUUCAGUUCGGUCAAUGUUUUUAAGAAAACUAAAAUUACUGUUAGAAUUUAAUUUGACUGUUAAUAUAUUAAUAAAUUAAUUUUAGCUGAGGCAUCAACAGCCACAACAACAUCAACAGCCAAAACAACAUCAACAGCCACAACAACAUCAACAGUAGCAGCAGUGCCAAAUUCUUUUACUAGGAAUUCAGGUAAAUUUUCCCUCUUUACCUGUUUACCUUGAUGUUCUUAUUCAAAUUACUCCACUUGCUUUUUUGCUAUAAAUUUCUGAAUUCUCGUUUGCUGUUUGGCUUUCUGCCAUUGUCAGUAUUGCAGUGUACGCAUGCACAGACACUUGACAACUUCCAUUUUCUAAAAAUAUUUUCAAGUGGUCUGAAUGUUAGCAUGCAACAUUGAAACAACUCAGCUCCUAGUUCCACUUGAGUUUGAACAUAUUAUGACAUAUGUAAUAUCUCAUGAGUCCCAGACAGAAAAGUAAAGUUGUGAAUUUGUUUGAUUGAUAGUGGUUUCGACUGCUGCUUUACAGUUGGUUAAACCAGUAAACCUUUCUCUGGUCAGACUUCUGAUUUACUAAUGUAUCCAGGCAAUUUAUUGAAAAAUAUUUUUAUUGUUGGUGAAAUUAACAUUCACAUAAUUACAAGUUUUAUUUUACUGUAGAUUCAGCUGAGACUGCAGGUGCUUGUGCAUGGAAGGAAGCAACUCCAAGCAUAAGCAGAACUGACUCAGGUAUGUAGUAUUCAACAUCAUUUUGUCCAGCCAAUGAAAAUCAUUGUUUCUCAAACACUGACUGACAUUUGAACUAUAUUGACAAACUAUUUAUCAUGAGUAUAAAUCGGAAAAUGUACACUUUUGACACAUGAAGGCCAUUAUUUGAAGCUAGCUGAGGGGUGAGAUGAUGGGAUAAGUUUUUGCAUUGUUUGGAAAAAAAGGGAAAACAUAAUCAUGUGACCAAAAAAUGAAAACAGAUAUAUUCCUUUUCUUAGCAGGCCCUCUUUUGUAAGGGAGGACUUUAUGUCUUGCAUCUUUUACAAACUAAAGCUGACAACAAAAAUUUACUUGCUUACUGGUUGGUCCUCACCAACACUCUUUAACCUCUUAUUCUGUUGAGAUUAAUUUACAACAAGAGGUAGAGUGAUCAAACCAAACAUUUGUAGGUCCCAGGCUACAGGUUUAUUAGGCUGGCUAUGCUCCUGACACUUAAGUAGGAAAAAGAAAAGGGAUGAUAAUCCUUUCUUUCUGUUAAAAAUAUGGAGGAAAGAUGUAUUAUUGAUACAGACGACAAAUGGGUAGAAAUAUUGUUAUCCAGUGUUAUCAUUCGAAAUUCCAAUUUACAUUUAGGAGCUGUAAUAAUGACAACCUUUACCGUGGUUUGGAUGUAUAACCACCUCUAAUCCUAAUUGUCGGUUUUAUAGUUGAUGUGCCAGUCGCUAGGAGAACCCUGUUCAACUGUGCUGAAGGUUCUGUGGGGGUUCUAAAGAGAACAAGGGCUGAAAAAAAAACAGAUGAUUCAG